GCCCCUUCGCCGCCAACUGGCUGCGGGGUGCAGCCGGGGCGGGGACCUGGGGCCGGCGUCGCGGCGCCCCCGGGCGGGGACCGGCCCGCAGGUGGAAGCGCCCCGGGGAGGCGGGUCCGCCCCCGGCUGCCGUGGGUCGAGGCGGGCUCUCGGCCGGCUCGCUCCCGCCCUGACCCGCCGGCCUCUCCCACCCCAGCAGUGACGCGCCGCCUCCAAGCCCGAGCCCGCGCAGCGAGCAGCAGCGCGAUGGACCGCAGCGCUCCGGAUCCCGGACCCCGCAGCGCGCCCCGCACCCCCGCCCCGCAGCCCGCGGGCACCGCAGGGAGGAAAUCAAAAGCGAAGGCACCACUCCCUCCUGCCGAGACAAAGGGCAUGGGUGUCCCUUCUGCUGGGGAGCCUCUAGAACCGGCUGCUGGCAUCACGGAGCAAGAUGAAAAUGUGGUCGAUAAAGACAUUGAGCUCACAGUGGUCCUGCCUGGAGAUAUUCUCAAAUCUACUACUGUUCAUGGCAGUAAGCCAAUGAUGGACUUGCUCGUGUACCUCUGCGCACAGUAUCACUUAAACCCAUCAAGUCAUGCAAUUGAUUUACUGUCUGCUGAAGAGAAUCUCAUCAAAUUUAAGCCAAACACACCAAUAGGAAUGCUGGAUGUAGAGAAGGUCAUUUUAAAGCCAAAAUCUCUGGACAAGAAAAAGCCUGCACCAAUAAUCCCAGAGAAAACUGUGAGAGUAGUGAUCAACUUUAAGAAAACGCAGAAGACCAUAGUGAGAGUUAGUCCUCAUGCACCACUUCAAGAUCUUGCUCCCAUUAUAUGCAGUAAAUGUGAGUUUGAUCCAUUGCAUACAGUGUUGCUGAAGGAUUAUCAGGCUCAGGAGCCCCUGGACUUGACAAAAUCUCUUAAUGACUUGGGACUGAGAGAGUUAUAUGCAAUGGAUAUCAGCAGAGCCCUCUCUGUUACUGCCCUCCGUAAGUCAUCUUUCCAAGAGUCUUGCCAGAUACCGCAAACCCCAGACACUGUGAAGGAGAAAGAAAACAGAGGGAUUUUCAGCUUUUUCCAGCGCAGUAAGAAAAAGCGGGAACAAACUGCCAGCGCGCCUGCAACCCCGCUAGUGAGUAAGCACCGCCCGUCUUUUACGAGGUCCAACACCAUUUCCAAACCCUAUGUUUCCAACACACUGCCCUCGGACGCGCCCAAGAAGAGGCGUGCCCCGCUGCCCCCCAUGCCCACAUCCCAGGGCUCUGCGCAAGGCCAGGAGAGGCGUGCAUCGUGCGUGGUGAGAUCCACCAGCGUGGACGACACUGACAAGAGUUCCACUGAUGGGGUCAUGGUGAGGACAGGGUCACUGCAGCUCAGUAGCUCGUCAGUGGGGACUUUGUCUCUGAAAAGAACAAAGCGAAAAGCACCCGCCCCACCUUCAAAAACACCCCUGCAGCAGAGUGAUGAAAACAGCCCUGCAUCUGAUAAUGCCCUGCCUUCAGAAGAUGGAAUUUCUCCAGACAGCACUUUGGAAGCAAACUCUCUUGAGGGCCUGUCCAGCCCAGCUGGUGUAAGCUCUGAUUACAGUCUUGAAGAGAUAGAUGAAAAGGAAGAACUGGGUGAGUCCUCUAAAGAUCAGGUGGAAGGUAGUUCUGUGAAGUCACCUGACAUCCCUUCGGUAUUAUUGGAGAAUGAUCCUGACUCAGCCCUCGGCCUCAGUGAUGGAGAGGCCUCUCCAAGCUCCAAGGGAAAAAGCCAAGAAGGCAGAAACACAGAGGGACAAGAGCCACAUCAUCCUGUUGUAUGUGAUAUAAGCAAUGAAGACACAGUAUCCAACAGUCGAAGGGACUUGGAGACAUUGAGCCCCAACCAAGAGAGCGUUGAAAAUGAAAUCGUGGUCGGUGCCACAAACACAGAUUCUGUAAAAGACAGACUGGGGAAAACAGAAACUGCCAUAGAAACCUCAGAGAGAGCCGUGGACCUGCAAGCUGACGGAUUGUCAGGCUUUGCUGCAUACAGAACAGAUCACGUUAAAAGUUCUAGGGAAAAUCAUCUAACAGCACCAUCAGAACCAGAUCAACAACUGAAUCAGCCAAGUGUAGCAAAGACAAAAAUGCAAGACGCAGCGAUUCAGGCCACUCCUGCCUGCAGCAGCUUUGAUGUGAAUCGCAAAGACCGGAAUUCGACUGACCUCAGGGUUGAUGAGAGUGUGCAGACUUCAACCAGCAACAGAUCAACUCAGCACUCCUCCUCAAGUCUCCUAGAUUCUGUAAAUGCCUCAAAAGCAUUCGGGAGUCAGGGCACCCCAACACAUGUACAAGAUAGACUCCCCGUGAAAGAUCCGGCUUGUGCACAUGGGAACCAUGACCCUUUGUCUCCUAUAGACGGAAGUGAUAAGAAUCCAGGUGCUUCUUACCUAAGGAAUUUUCCACUUUAUAAACAGGACUACCAUCCCAAACCAAAACCUUCAAAUGAAAUUACAAGAGAGUAUAUACCUAAAAUCGGAAUGACUACUUACAAAAUAGUGCCUCCCAAGUCCCUGGAAGUGGUGAGGGACUGGGAGUCAGAAACAGCGGGGAAUAAAGAUGAACAAAAGAUGCACACUUUGGGGCAGAAGCAUCUGCUUGAGAAUAUGACAGAAACAGCCAUGCAAGCAGAAGCCCUUGUUACUUCCAGAGGCUCACGGGAGCCACAGCCUGACCUUACACCAAAGCCCAGCUUAGGAACAGAACGUCAUUUGCACAGGACUGUGAGCUCACCUGUUGGUGGGGAGAUGCACCCUCCAAAACCUCCCAGAAUGACUAUGGACACUGGCAGUAUUCCUUUUGCACCAAAUUUGGAAGAUAUAAACAAUAUUUUGGAGUCAAAAUUUAGAUCUCGAGCUUCAAAUCCCCAGGCCAAACCAAGUUCAUUUUUUCUGCAGAUGCAGAAGAGAGCAUCAGGCCACUAUGUGACUUCUGCAGCUGCUAAGAGUGUCCACACUGCCCCUGGGCCUAAGGAACCAACAAUCAAAGAGGUGCAGAGGGACCCAAGGCUCCCUCCAGAGCAGAUUCUUUCUCCCUUGAGUGAAAGGACUCAUUCUGCUCUACUCCCCAAUAUUUCAAAAACUGAUGAUGAUGAUGUAAUCAUCCAGAAGCCUGCUGAGACCUCUCCUCCCCCUGUAGCUCCCAAGCCUGGGGCUCUUCCUGCUGAGACCUCUCCUCCUCCUGUAGCUCCCAAGCCUGUGGCUCUUCCUGCUGAAACCUCUCCCCCUGUAGCUCCCAAGCCUGUGGCUCUUCCUGCUGUGACCUCUCCUCCCCCUGUAGCUGUCAAGCCUGUGGCUCUUCCUGCUGAAACCUCUCCUCCUGUAGCUCCCAAGCCUGUGGCUCUGCCUGGUAGUCAGGGAGCAUCACUAAACCUGAAGACCUUGAAAACAUUUGGGGCCCCACGACCAUACUCCAUUUCUGCCCCCUCACCCUUUGCCCUUGCUGUGGUGAAAAGAUCACAGUCAUUCAGUAAGGCACGUCCAGAAUCAUCCAGUGAGGGCCUCUCUGCCCAGCCUGCAGCUGACAUGGAGGAUGAAAAGGCAUACGAAAUAAAUAAAUCCUCAGUGGUCCCCCAACAUGAUGAUGACGAUAAGCAAAAUAAACCUGUACAGAAUGAACAGAGUUCUGAGAGGCUGAGUCCAGCUGCUGGCCCACCGUUCACCCUUAUGAGACAGAGUUCUUUAACGUUCCAAAGCUCGGACCCAGAGCAGGUCCGGCAGAGUUUGCUGACCGCAAUCCGUUCUGGAGAGGCUGCCUCCAAGUUGAAAAGAGUUACUGUUCCAUCAAAUACAAUAUCUGUGAAUGGGAAGUCAGGGUUCAGCCAAGCCAUAUCUUCUGAUGCUCAGGACAGUCACUAACAUCACCCUGCCGUGACACACUUCACUGACCAGCUUCCUGCCUGCAAGGAAUAUUGGCAACUAUAUGUUCAGAUGUACAUUAGUAUAUAAAUCUGUUCAAGAAUAAGCAUUCGUGUUAUGAAUCUAAUGCCAAAAGAAAAAUGACUAGAAUUUAUAAUUUAUAAUAGUGUUUAGUCUUUUUGUCAUAACUAAAUAUUGCUGCUUUAGAAACUUUAAACAAGAUAUAAAUGACUUGUUUUUUUUCCAUGGUGAAUAAUCACAGCUCAUUGAUUUUUUUUUCUUUUAUUUAUGGACAUACUGUGUACCAUAAAACAAAGGUAUAAAUUGAGAUUUAUGGACAUGUUGUAUGACAGAGAAGCAGGCAAGCACAUACUAACAUUUACUGCCUCAGCAUUAGGCUGUAAUUAGAAACAUAAAUUAUAAUAAAGUCUUUUUUGCUGAUACAGAAAACUAGUAAAUCAAAUAAGCAAUGUUCAUUUAUUUUAUUGAAGAAUCACUUAUUGUGAGACUUAUUUUGUGUAUUAUUUUAAUUACAAACAAGUGCCAGAUCAAUAGGAAAUAAUAAUAGUAUUUUUAAAAAAUAUAACACUUUAACUUUUGGUAGUUAAAUUGCACAAGGAGACUUUAAGAUGUUUCUGUAUAUAAUUAUGUUGUUACACAGAUAUUACAUAUUUUCUAAUGCCAGAAGUCUUAAAAUAUUCCUGUGAAAAUGUUGAUAUAUUAUGACAGUUAUUUCACAUUUGGUAUGUGGGGAGAAUAGGGGCUAGUUUAUGUCCACAUUCAAAACUUUAAAGACUAGUUCGAAGUUUCCAAAAUCCUGAUUUAAUUAAAAUAAAAUGCUAAAUUAGUCAUUUAUGUAGCUCAGAUGCUAAUUGUCUAAAUAAUAAUAUAUAUUUUCCUGAAAGCCAAACUGGUUCAGGGAAACAAUGAUUGAUGUGUUGGCUUACAGUGAUCCUAGGGUCUAGGAACAUGUUGGUGUCCUGGAUUUCUUUAUGAAUUUAAUUGCUCAUUUAUUCCAGAAACUGUUGAAACAGCCUGACGCUGUUUUGACUCUUACUAAAGCUACUGGAAUAUCUGCCAUUUUGACGAACAUGAAUUCUUUUUCCAUUUAAUAAAAGCAAGUUAUAUAUUUGAA